UGCAGGGAGUCAUCAGCUGCUCAAACUCUUGCCCCAAGUUACUAGUAGUAUCAGUUUCAUAUAUGGGCAUGUAAACAUGGCAACCUUUCACGUGACAGGUUCUAAAAACAGCUCUGACACCAGCUCGCUGUGAGAUUGGGGCCACGCGAUAUCGAGUUUGAGGCACAAUUUGCACCGAAGCGAAUGUGUUGGGGGCUUUGUCGUGUAGCAUGCGUUACGUAAAGCAAGAAAUUGUGAUUUGACAAUGCGGAAUUGAUUAAGUCAAUUUGACUGUUAUUUCAAGCUCACUGUUACAGUCAAAUUAGAUUCGAUUCAUCAGAAGAUUUAUCAUGGACAACUUGGAAAAGCAACUGAUCUGUCCAAUAUGCCUGGAAAUGUUUACGAAGCCUGUGGUCAUUCUACCAUGUCAGCACAACCUAUGUCGGAAGUGUGCCAAUGAUAUAUUCCAGGCCUCCAACCCCUAUCUUCCAACCAGAGGAGGGUCGGUAACUUCCGGUGGCCGCUUCCGAUGCCCCUCCUGUAGGCAUGAGGUAGUGCUUGAUCGGCAUGGUGUUUAUGGGCUCCAGAGAAACCUGCUGGUGGAAAAUAUCAUUGACAUGUUCAAGCAAGAGUCCACCAGCAGCAGCAGCAGCAAGCCCACCACGGAAAGACAGGAGGACCAGCCCAUGUGUGAGGUCCACGGGGAGGAGAAGAUCAACAUCUACUGUGUGAGCCACGGCGUCCCCACCUGCUCCAUGUGCAAGGUGUUCGGGGCUCACAAGGACUGCGAGGUGGCUCCUCUCACCAGCAUCUACCAGACCCAGAAGACAGAGCUGUCAGACGGCGUAGCGAUGAUGGUGGGGAACAAUGACAGGAUCCAGGGAAUCAUCAGUCAGUUAGAGGAGACCUGCCGGACCAUAGAGGAGAAUGGUAGGAGGCAGAAGUCCCAGGUGUGUGAGACGUUCGACCAGCUGUACACCCUCCUGGAGGAGAAGAAGAGAGAGAUGAGUGGGAAGGUCACGGGCGAGCAGGAGGAGAAGCUCAACUACAUCCGCAGUCUGACCAGGAAGUAUGGCGACCACCUGGAGGAGUGCUGUAAGGUUGUGGAGACAGGCAUCCAGACCAUGGAAGAGCCUGAGAUGGCAGUGUUUCUACAGGUGACACAGUGUUUCUACAGACAGCCAAACCUCUUCUCAAAAAGAUUGGGGAAGUGUCAAGUACAUCUCACCUGGACAAGGUGGAGCGUGGCUAUGAAAACAUGGAUCAUUACAGAGUCAACUUCAAGAAGGAGGGACUGGCUAUACAAAAUAUCGACUUCAUAGAAGGUAAGG